CAUUCCCUCAGACUUUAUGAGGAAAAAGAACUACAUCGACGAUGAUGAGCAGUGUCCGCUGCUGUCGUCAAGUGCGCCGCAGAGACUGCCAUGUCCCCAGAUCAUUGAAGAGGAGCGAGAGCUGCUGGAAGAUAAUAAGCUACUACCGAAGAGUGCUAUAGGGAGCACCGUUGUCCAGCACACGCUGAGUGAGGACGAGCCAUACGUGGAAGAUGAAGUUGACAGUGAGGAAUGGAGAGAGAUCGAACAGAUUGAGGAUACCUGGGAGGAGGCUGCAGCGAAGGGUGCAGUGAAGACGUCGACGCAGUUCGAGAUGAGGGCUUUGACACAGAGCUCGCUACCGUUGGUUGUCACGUUUCUGCUCCAGAACUCCUUCUCGCUGGCGUCGAUCUUCUCUGUGGGCCAUAUAGGUAAGGAGCCACUAGCCGGUAUAACUCUGGGCUCGAUGACGGCUAAUAUCACAGGCUUUGCUGCGAUUCAAGGCCUCACGACGUGCCUGGAUACUCUCUGUUCUCAGGCUUAUGGUGCCGGUAAAUUCAACCUCGUUGGGUUGCAGUUCAUUCGCUGUGCAAUCUUUGCCAUUACGUGUUUCAUUCCGGUGGGCAUCGUAUGGGUGUGGUUCGCUCCAUCGCUGCUGAGACUUUUCGUCCCGGAAUCGGAACUCAUCGACAUUGCUUCAAACUACCUGUGUAUUGUUUGUCUUGGAAUGCCAGGCUACAUUCUCUUUGAGUGUGGGAAGAGAUUCUUGCAGUGCCAAGGUGUCUUCCAUGCAAGUACGUAUGUGUUGUUGAUCUGUGCUCCCCUGAAUGCAUUGAUGAAUUACCUCUUUGUUUGGCAAUUUGGGUUUGGCUAUAGAGGUGCACCGGUUGCGGUCAUGAUUAACUAUUGGAUCAUGCCACUCGGGCUGCUGAUAUUCGCCCUAGUCAAUAAGAAGUGUUUGAAGUGCUGGCCUUCAAAUUUCCACAUUAAACAGGCAUUCGAAAACUGGGGCAAGAUGAUUGAGUUGGCAUUGCCCGGUGUGAUUAUGGUUGAAGCUGAAUUCCUCGGAUUCGAGAUCAUCACAAUCAUGGCUUCAAAUUUGGGAACAGCAGAAUUGGCUGCGCAGAGUAUUGUUAGUUCCAUCUGUGCCCUGGCAUACCAAGUGCCCUUUGCGGUAUCGAUCUCAACAGCAACGAGGGUUGCAAAUUACGUUGGUGCUUCUUUACCAGUGAACGCAAGAGUCUGUGCCAGGUCCUCCAUGAAUCUCGGUCUUUUCAUUGGUCUUUUCAACUCUUGUAUCGUACUGCUGUUUAGAGAACAAAUUGUCCCCAUAUUCACCGGAGACGAAGACGUUAUUGAACAGGUCUAUAAGACGAUCCCUGUUAUCGGAUUCAUGGAGGUUGUUGACUGUUUAAACGCAUGUUCAGCUGGAUGUAUGAGAGGCGAAGGGCUGCAAAAAAUAGGAGGGUUCAUAAAUAUCUUUUCCUUUUACAUGAUUGGCUUACCACUCUCUUAUCUCUUCACAUUUCAUUUGGGACUCGAGGUCAAAGGCCUAUGGCUGGGAAUCGUCAUUGGCCUUACAUCGGUGACGUUUCUACAGGUUUACACCGUGUUCUUCUGGUCCGACUGGGAGAAAGUUGUCGAGGAGGCCAAAAAGAGAAACUCUGAAUGUUGAAUACCUGGUUUCUCCUCAC